AUGAUAGCCGUGAAUGUCACUCAUUUAAAAUCUAAGUACAAAGGUGUUAUGUUUGUACCAAAUACAUUCGAUGGUAAUCAAAAUAUAUAUCCUCUUACUUUUGGGAUCGGUGAUUUGGAGACGGAUGCAUCAUGGCAUUGGUUUUUCACUAAACUUCAUGAAGCCAUUGGUGAGUAUCCCAAUCUUGUUAUCAUUUCUGAUCGCAAUGUUAGCAUAGAGAAUGUGUGGAACAAAGUUUUCCCAACAGCACAAGGGGAACAUGAAACGCACGUGCAAGUUGAAAAGCGUGAUCAAAUACUGAUGCACUUUGAGCAAGCUGCGAAAUCUUAUUCAAUUGCUGAAUUUGAUUGUCAUUUUCGCAAGAUCAAGAGAAAGGAACACGUUGCUCAAUAUCUUGAACAGGCAGAGUUACAUAAGUGGUCUAGAGCUCACAUGGAUGGACGCCGCUACAAUGUAAUGACAACAAAUAUUGCAGAGUUAAUAAACUCAGUCCUUAGGUUUGCAAGGAUGCUACCAGUGGUUCAUUUGAUAGGGGAAAUUAUUAAUCUCCUUAUGAAAUGGUUCACCGAACGUCGUGAGUUGGCUUUGAAUUACACAACAACAUUGUGCCCUAAUUUUGGCGAGAAGAAGUUGAGGAAUAGGUUGGAUGAUACUGCAAGGAUGAAUGUCGUUAAACUAAAUAACGUAAAGUUUAAUGUUUUGGACAGUGAUAUGGACGGCCUCGUAGAUUUGACGAACAACAGUUGUAGUUGUAGAAAGUUUCAGCUUGAGCAGCUACCUUGCAAGCAUGUAGUUGCAGUUUGCCACUUCUUGAAACUAAAUGUAUACUCCAAGGCUUCUCGGUAUGACACUCGGAAUACCUGGUUGGAUGCUUAUUUGGAUAACAUCUACCCAGUACAGCCUCACGAAAUGUGGGUUAUUCCUGAAGAUGUUUGA